UUUCUUGUAAUAAAAUAUAUAGAUGGUAGUCAUUUGAACGUGUUACAUGUGUAGGUUUGGGCGUCCAUAUAUGCCUAUAUAAUGGGCACGGUGAUGCACACAAUAAUCAAACAAGAUUCACAGAAACUACCAUCAAUAACAGGACUCCUGCACUUCAUACAUGGCCACUGCCAGCUCUAUAAACAAGAGGUUUAGCCUCGCCGGUGCCACGGCGCUUGUCACCGGUGGCAGCAAAGGCAUCGGCCGCGCCAUCGUGGAAGAGCUGGCGAGCUUCGGCGCGACGGUGCACACCUGCGCUCGGAACCAGGCGGAGCUGAGCAGAUGCCAGGAGGAGUGGACGGCCAAGGGCCUCGCCGUCACCGUCUCCGUCUGCGACGUGGCGGUGCGCGCCGACAGGGAGGCGCUCGCCGGCAGGGUGUCCGCCAUGUUCGACGGCAAGCUCAGCAUCCUGGUGAACAACGCUGGGACGGCGUACCUGAAGCCGGCGGCGGACCUGACGCCGGAGGAGACGUCGAGGUUGAUGACGACCAACUUCGAGUCGUGCUUCCACCUGAGCCAGCUGUUCUACCCUCUCCUCAAGGACUCCGGAAGAGGCAGUAUCGUUAAUAUCUCGUCCGUCGCUUCUGUCCUCGCGUUCCAUUCUCUUCCUAUCUACUCGGCUGCCAAAGGAGCAAUGAACCAAGUCACAAGGAACCUGGCUUGUGAGUGGGCGAGCGAUGGGAUCAGAGUCAAUUCCGUUGCACCGGGCUACAUCCAGACUCCACUCCUAACUGCCUUCGUGGCCGGCAACGAUUUCGCACAGGUUGAGUUCAACCGUCUUCCUUUGGGCCGUCUCGGUAAACCUGAGGACAUCUCGUCGUUGGUGGCGUUCCUGUGCAUGCCUGCGGCCUCCUACAUCACUGGCCAGAUUAUAUGCGUCGAUGGGGGCCGUAUGCUUUCUUAAUAAACUCUACAUAUACAAAAUAAAGAUAUAUCAUGUAUCAUAAUAUAUUCUACUGAAUUGGGAGACUUCCAAGAAGAAUGAAAUCUUUGUGUGCCCGUGUACCAACCACACACAACAGGCUAGCUAGUCUUCUCUGCAUGCGUAGAGCAUAGACUGGGUGUAAUGUGUAAAAUGGCCAAUAUAUAUUUGUAUUAAGUUUGGGAAAUCAUGUGGAGAAGAUUGGCAAGCCGAGUGUAAUGAAUUUUCCAUGAAAUAAAAUUUACGGUUCCUAUGAUUAUUGAUACAAAA